AGAACCAAACCAACUUCAUGCUGCGACAGUGACCAUCAAAAAGACAACACCCGAGGAGAACAAAACCCCGGCUCGGCCUGUCUGUGUAUCACCAUAGCAGCUGACCAGGAAAAUAAUUCAGCACAAUGUAAGGUUUUAGUAUUUGCAUAUAGCACGCCAUGAUCGCAUGUGAACGAGACGACGUUGUUUGCAAUUUGGUACAAGAUGAGCAGCGGCAGCAAGAGAGAGAGGGAGCAGAGGAGGAAACUGCAGCGAUUUCUAAGUGACCUGGCCUUACUUGGAUCAUUACAGGGCUUUAAAUACUUCCAGCCUUGGCUAAGAGGGAAAGAGGAGUUGCUGUUGACAGUCGUUAAUGAGGAUCUGGGUUGGCGUUCCCCAGGGUUUGUGGUCUCCAGAGCCUCCUCCGACUCCUCCACCAGCAGCUGUAACAGCAGCGAUGUCUCCCCCAGCAGCAGCUCCCCCAGCUUGGACAGCAGGAGCAGCUCUCCUCUGCCCGGGGAGCGUCCAGGCCCAAAAGACCCUCCGUUGCACACACCCACCAAGACACAGCCACAGACUGUCAGGGACCCCAGCAGUGAGGAGCAUCUCCUCCCAGCCUCUCCCAGUGAAAGAGAGAUAGCCGUGCCUGAGGUGAAUUGCACUCUGUUUUUACUGGCCGGCUACGUCAAGUACGGACGCCCCUACGCCUGGAUACGCUCUAAUCACGAGCGCCUGGUCAACAUCGGAGGCACCGAUUCGAUGGUUAAGGACACGCCCAUGAAACUCAAGUCCAUCGCAGACUGGCAGACAGGAGGGAUCCGCGUGUGGGACAUCAUCAGUGAGCUGGUGUGUCUGUGCACCAUUCCGUCUCCCUCCAACCCCUUCGCCCUGGACAUGCGUUACAUCAAAAGUCUUCCCCUCCCUGACCGCUUCCUCGUCACAGGCGCUCUCCUCAACUUCCUGGAGAUGUACGUGGUUUACAGAAACCGGGACGAGUUGCACUAUGACAAAGUGGUCGAGGAGGUCAAGCCUCUGAGGCGUCUUCACGUCCAGUCCCUGCUAGAGUUACAGCGACACAGGGAGAGCUCGGGGCUGGCCGGUAGUCCCACAGUGCAGGACUCUUCUGGAGAGGAGUGACUUGAAUUGUUUGUAUUUGAUCCACUUUUACGGACUUCUUGUAGAGAGGAAAAAAUAAAAAAAAUAAAGAUAGAAAAUAGGUUUAAAUGUGUGAAAUGUCAUCAGAAUGACUGUAUUAAGUAAUUAUUUGUCUUGUCGCUUUCAUAUAGCAUACAGUACACACUGUACAAACCUAUUUCUUUUAAGGCUACACAGUCCAGUUGGAGAUGUAUCUGUAUAUUUACUACAGUUGAACAGUGGUCACAUGCAUGAGUUUUUGAAAAUGUGAAAACACUGGAGAAAUAACCCUGGGAAAUGACUCACAUGACUGAGAGUAAACAUCCCAGGACCUC